AUGGCUUCGGCACUUACCUCUGACAUCCCAUCCGCGGACCCAGCAUGGCACCGCCGCCAUGACCACCCUUAUUUCAAAGAAAGCCAUCACAAGCUGCAACGCUUUGUUCGCGAAUAUGUGAAUCGAGAUAUCGCGCCCAAUGUCGAGGAAUGGGAAAAGCAAGGAUUUGUACCGGAAGCUGCAUUCAAAAGACAUGCAUCGUUGGGCUUCUUAGCAGCCUCUGCAUUCCCCCUUCCGAAGGACUAUGUAAAGGGCUUGACAUUGCCGGCCGGACUUAGUGUUGAUGAGUGGGAUGAAUUCCAUGAUGCGGUGAUCAUCGACGAAAUGGCCCGUUGCGCCUGUCUAGGAACGGUGUGGGGUAUAAACGGCGGUGCGACGGUCGGAGGACCACCGAUUGAUCACUAUGGUACCCCGAUACAGAAGGAAAAAUACCUAGCACCUCUCCUGAGAGGCGAACAAAGACAUUGCCUUUGCGUCACGGAGCCUGCCGCCGGCUCUGAUGUCGCUGGGUUGACCACCACUGCCAAGAAAACACCUGAUGGGAAGCAUUAUGUCCUCAACGGAGAGAAGAAGUGGGUGACGCAGGGACAAUGGGCCGAUCACGGCUUGGUUGCUGCUCGAACAGGCCCAGCUAAUGCCAAGGGCCUCUCGGUGUUUAUCGUCCCACUGGCAAGCAAGGGAAUUUCGCGAAGAAAGAUUGAGAAUUCCGGUGUCAGCUCAAGUGGCUCGACUUUCAUGGAGUUUGACGAGGUACUUGUGCCAGCUGAAAACCUACUCGGGCAAGAAAACCACGGAUUCGAAAUCAUCAUGUCAACCUUCGCUCACGAGCGCCUUUGGGUGGGCAUAACCGCCCUGCGACUCGGCCGAAUCGCAUACGAAGACUCUUACCGCCACGCGUUGAAGCGCGAGACCUUCGGAAAGCCACUUUUCGAAAACCAGGUAAUCCGGCAGAAAUUCUCGCGUAUGGCAAAUCUGCUCGAGCCGACCCAAGCAUUCAUGGAGGAGUUGGUAUAUCGGUCGAUCCGAAUGCCGUCUCUGAAUUUCUCGCCGCUGGCUGCGAUGCUCAAGGUGCAAGCUGCUCAUAAUUUGGAGAAAAUCUCCCGAGAGUCCCAGCAGGUAUUUGGUGGACUUGGAUACUCUCGUCAAGGACAAGGACAGCGUGUGGAGCAGAUCAGUCGUGAUGUCCGGGUUUUGGUGGUAAGUGGAGGUAGUGAAGAGAUUCUGCUUGAUAUGAUUGCCAAGCAGCAGCGGAAGCUGGCUCAUCUAUGA